CGCUACUGCUCAUCAUCAUGGACAAUCCAGCCUCUCCACGCACUAUACUGGCUCCAGGAUCCUCCCCGUCCGUCCAUGCUGCAAAUAAAAGAGGGUGCGCCUGUAUAUCCUCUCCCCACCGUUCCUACAUUGCCUUACACAAGCUGCAAUCCAAUUCCCCAUUAGACUUAUUUGCAUUCGGCCACGCAUCCCCUUGAAUCCCACUUGCAAUACAGGAAAUGAAAUGCCCCGCCACUCUGCUCUCCCUUGUCUACUUCUCCCCAGUCGCAUUGUCAUUGAGCCAGCGCCAGAUCGCCACAGAUCCUUCUGGCAAUAGUGCUGUCAUCCCAGGAUCUCUCCAGGGCGAUGGCGCCGGACAGCCACCAUUUGACACCAGUGCCCAGCAGCCGAUUUCUGAUCCUGGCGAUGCUGCCGGGCUGUUCCCAUUUGACGGCAACGGCCAGUCCCUGCUUUCUGCUGGAGAUUUCCAACAGCCCUCUGGUAGCAGACAGCCGCCAUUUGGUAGCCCUGGUCAGCAGCAACCCAAUGACACUAGCCAGCAGCCUGGAAGCAGGCCCAACACCAAUCUGCAACAGCCCACCGGCACCACCCAACCCCAGAGCCAGCCCACAGCUGUCCAGGACUCUGCUUCGUCAUCGCAGACCAUUCCAGCGUCAAUUCUAGAGCGUAUGUCGAGCCUGUUCAACUUUGGCCAGGAAGUAUCCCCCAACCCUGCUCCAUCUGGCGUGCAUCCUGGCCAGUCUGUGUCAUCGCCUUCCCGGAGCGCUGAGCUGCGGACCGAUAGUCUCUCCACGCAGCAGGAGGAAUCAGCAGAGACGCCCGGGGACCUCCACGCCAAUACGGGCAAUGUGGGCAGGUCGGUGGCUGCGUGCGCUGUGGCUGUUGCCGCUGCAUGCAUUCUUUCUGGAUCCAUCUAAGAGCCUCAUUCGUGUAUAAUUUGUCCAAUCUUGCCACUCAUCUCAGAAGUAUGAAUCAAAUAAAUACAUUACAG